AUGUCCGGCUGUGCGCUCUUCCUUCUCUCGCCUUUGCACGCCAGCGGCUUCCUCGCCGCUGCGCCGCUCGCGCGUUCGCCGCGUUGCGCGGCCGUCGUGAGCGCCGAGUCGCACUGGAUGGACUUCCUCAAGUUUGGCGGUGCGCCGCCGCCGUUCGACGUGCUCAGCAAGACGCAGGAGUACGUCGCCGCGACCGCGAGCGCUGCCAGCGAUCGCGGCGAAUACCUCCCUGCGCCGGAAACCUACUAUGCAGACGACUACGUCUUCCGCGGCUCGAUCGUUGGCCCUAUCAGCCGGAGGGACGUGGCCGAGACGCAGAAGAGCUUCAACCUGCUCGGCGCGUACCCCGACAUCGACCGUGGCAUAUUCGGCCUCACCGUGGACCCGCAGAACCCGUACCGAGUCUUCUUCUUCGAGCGGUGGACGGCGACGAUGACGGGGUCCAUCAAGAUUGGGCCUCUCACCCUGCCGCCCUCAAACAAGCGGAUAGAGACGCCGAUUCACGUGACGUCCAUCACGUGGAACCCAGACGGCAAGGUCGUCUACGAGUCCAUCUCGCCGCCUGUCGACCGCUUCGAGGGCAACACCAAGGGGGCCGGUGCCGUGUUCGGCCUCCUCGCCGGCGCCGGCCUGCAGCUCCCUGCGAGCGUCGGAGACCCGGCGCGAAUCUUAGCAGCGAGAAUGCCGAGUGCCACCCUCAUGCACGCCCUCAUCGCGCAGCAAAAGCUCAACACAGACGUGUUCCGCGGCGCACUGGGCAAGACGUGGUCAGGCGAGGCCGAGGUGCCCGCGUGGUGGAAGAGCACCUCCAAGGGCGCCGAACCGAACGACAGGUUAGUGCACCACUAA